GUACAUGAUUUGAAUCCUUCAAGUUUGUUUACUAAUACUUGUUCGCAUACCUACUUCGAUUUUCUUUUCGAAUAUCAGCAUGUAUUUGUAAUCAGCCCAAGAUAUAAAAAUACCACUUAAAAGCGUUCAAUAAUUCACGCAUUUUAUAAUAAUGAAAAUAAUAAUAUUAGUGUAAUUGAUAUGAUGCAGCUGGGAGGUGUUGUUUUUGUUGUUUUGGGACUGCUGUCCCCCGCUUUUUCCGACGUCGACUUUAUAGACUGCGGUUCGAAUCAGAUAGAAAUAGAGUCGGUGGAAAUACCUGGUUGUACCGUGACGCCUUGCAGAUUUUAUCGAAAUAGAAACUAUGACAUCUAUAUAACUCCAAAUUCUGUCAAUCCCACAGUUAUGUCCAUUGACUUGAAAGUGGAAGCCUGCAUACGGGGUGCAAAUUUUGCCGUGGAUGCAACUUUUGUUCAUCCCUGUAUCACGGACUGUCCCUUGCAGACCAAACUUGAUCGACCGGAAAUUCCAAUCAACGUCAGCAUCAGUAGAUUCUUUAUACCGGGUUUGACUACAUUUAGAAUCAACGCCACCUUUAUAGGAAACGACCAACCAAACUUUUGCGUGCUAUUCUACGUGGACAUUUACUAGUUAUGGUUUCCACAACUAUAUACUUGCUUGUACUACUACGCCAAAUAUUUAUAUGAUACUCUAUUUAUCAAUAUUAAAGGGACGCCUAUGUAUAGCUUAUAAUAAAUGCAUAUAUAUUUAUUUAUUUA